UGUCCUGCCCCCUCCCCACCCGCGUCACCACCACCAUGACACCGGGCAUCCAGGCCCCUUUCUUCCUCUGGUGGCUGCUAUUCCUAGUGCUUACAGCUGCCAGUGCAGUCGCCCAUGUCACCUCCACCCCAGCCACCAGCCCUGCCUCAAGCUCGGCCGCCACUCCAGCACACCAAGGCACCUCAUCCUUGACCACCAGCCCUGCCCCAGGUUCGACCACCACUCCAGUCCGCAAUGUCACCUCGGCCCCAGCCACCAGCCCUGCCUCAAGCUCAGCCACCACUCCAGUCCACAGUGUCACCUCGGCCCCAGCCACCAGCCCUGCCUCAAGCUCGGCCGCCACUCCAGUCCACAGUGUCACCUCGGCCCCAGCCACCAGCCCUGCCUCAAGCUCGGCCGCCACUCCAGUCCACAGUGUCACCUCAGCCCCAGUCACCAGCCCUGCCUCAAGCUCGGCCACCACUCCAGUCCACAGUGUCACCUCGGCCCCAGCCACCAGCCCUGCCUCAAGCUCGGCCGCCACUCCAGCACACCAAGGCACCUCAUCCUUGACCACCAGCCCUGCCCCAGGCUCGACCACCACUCCAGUGCACAAUGUCACCUCGGCCCCAGCCACCAGCCCUGCCUCAAGCUCGGCCACCACUCCAGUCCGCAAUGUCGCCUCGGCCCCAGCCACCAGCCCUGCCUCAAGCUCGGCCGCCACUCCAGCACACCAAGGCACCUCAUCCUUGACCACCAGCCCUGCCCCAGGCUCGACCACCACUCCAGUGCACAAUGUCACCUCGGCCCCAGCCACCAGCCCUGCCUCAAGCUCGGCCACCACUCCAGUCCGCAAUGUCGCCUCGGCCCCAGCCACCAGCCCUGCCUCAAGCUCGGCCGCCACUCCAGCACACCAAGGCACCUCAUCCUUGACCACCAGCCCUGCCCCAGGUUCAACCACCACUCCAGUCCGCAAUGUCACCUCGGCCCCAGCCACCAGCCCUGCCUCAAGCUCGGCCGCCACUCCAGCACACCAAGGCACCUUAUCCUUGACCACCAGCCCUGCCCCAGGCUCGACCACCACCCCAGUCCGCAAUGUCACCUCGGCCCCAGCCACCAGCCCUGCCUCAAGCUUGGCCACCACUCCAGUCCGCAAUGUCACCUCGGCCCCAGCCACCAGCCCUGCCUCAAGCUCGGCCGCCACUCCAGCACACCAAGGCACCUCAUCCUUGACCACCAGCCCUGCCCCAGGCUCGACCACCACUCCAGUCCGCAAUGUCACCUCGGCCCCAGCCACCAGCCCUGCCUCAAGCUCGGCCGCCACUCCAGCACACCAAGGCACCUCAUCCUUGACCACCAGCCCUGCCCCCGGCUCGACCACCACUCCAGUUCGCAAUGUCACCUCGGCCCCAGCCACCAGCCCUGCUUCAAGCUCGGCCACCACUCCAGUCCGCAGUGUCACCUCGGCCCCAGCCACCAGCCCUCCCUCAAGCUCGGCCACCACUCCAGCACACCAAGGCACCUCAUCCUUGACCACCAGCCCUGCCCCCGGCUCGACCACCACUCCAGUCCGCAAUGUCACCUCGGCCCCAGCCACCACCCCUGCCUCAAGUUCUGCUGCUGCUUCAACACACAAGGGCACCUCUGCCAAGGCUACCACAACCCUAGUCAGCAAGGGCACUCCACCCUCAGUUCCCAGCCACCACUCUGAUACUCCCACCACCUCUGCAAGCUAUAGUACCAGGACUGUUGCCAGUAGCACUAACCAUAGCAUAGUACCUCCCACAUCCUCCAAUCAUAAGACCUCUCCUCCUAGGAUUUCCUUCUUCAUCCUGUCUUUUUACAUUUCGAACCUCCAGUUUAACUCUUCCCUGGAAGAUCCCAGCACCAGCUACUACCGGGAGCUGCAGAGAAACAUUUCUGAAUUGCUUUUGCAGAUUUAUACACAGGAGGAUUUUGUGGGCCUUUCUGCUAUCCAGUUCAGCCCAGGAUCUGUGGUGGUAGAAUCAAUUCUGGCAUUCCAAGAGGGUACCACCGAUGCCCAGAGUGUGAGGACACAGUUUGCUGAGAAGCAAGCAGCAGAAGCAGCCGGAUAUAACCUGUCCAUCUCAAGAGUUAGUGUGAAUGCUGGGUCAUUUCCUUCCUCUGCCCAGCCUGGGUCUGGGGUACCUGGCUGGGGUAUCGCCCUGCUGGUGCUGGUCUGUGUUCUGGUCGCCCUGGCCAUCGUCUAUUUCAUUGCCCUGGCCGUGUGUCAGUGCCGCCGAAAGAACUAUGGGCAGCUGGACAUCUUUCCAACCCGCGACGCCUACCAUCCUAUGAGCGAGUACCCCACCUACCACACCCAUGGGCGCUAUGUGCCCCCUGGCAGUACCAGACGUAGCCCCUAUGAGGAGGUGAGGAUGGGCCCCACAGGCAGAAGGAGGCAGAGGCUUUGGCUGGGCAGGGGUUCUGAAACGGUACUUGGAAAGCCCAGAGAACUUAGAAGAGGUUUCUGCAGGCAACGGUGGCAGCAGCCUCUCUUACACGAACACAGCAGCCACUUCUGCCAACUUGUAGGGGCACAUUGCCUACUAAGCGUCUGUCCAGCCAGUGCCAGUUGCCUCCCUCAGGUUCUUCACUACCAGAACCAACCCCCCUGCCCCGCCCCCACCUCCACACCCCCCACCCGCCUGUUCCCCCCGACCUUGAGCUGGUGAACUAGAAGUUCGGGUGGGCUGACACAGCCUCCCUCCCAGGUCCCACCAAGUCCCCUAACUCAUCUUAGCUCUGGUGAAGCCCAUCAGAGCCCCUGCAGACACACCUGGGGCAGUGGCUCCCAGGAAGACUGUUCCAGGGAAAGCCCCGAGAUGUGAGUGGGAGCCUGAACAUGGCUGAAUAAAACGUGGGCCUCCUCUGCCCUGACCACCACCUUCUGAUCCUUCAUC